AAGUCUAUCAAAGUAUCACAUGGUAUUGCCAUCUAGAGAUUCUUUGUAGUCUAUUUACAUCACUGCUACAAAAUUGUACUCUAGAAAAUGUCACCUCAAUUUAAUGCUUUGGUGCUGUUGUCUGCAAAAGAAUGUCUCAGGGGGAGCAUGCCCUUUUUUCAGGUAUUAAGACAAAUUAGCAUGGGUGUGGUUCUAUGUAGCUAAGUCUUUGUGUCCAUAGUUUCAGCCCCACCUCUUCUCUCUGUAUUCUCAGUAUACACAGUGAGUUUGUAAGGAGCAGCAUCAGAGUGUCCACAGCUCUUCAGUGACUACUGAAACACACAGAUUGUUGGUAAUGGAGAAAGGCCACAAUCCCCCUCCGUAUCCUGGUCCACAGGUGGACCAACCCAACAUGUCAUACCCCGGACAACCAAUUGCAUACCAACCUCAACCAGGUCCGGUGUACCCCCACUUACAAACGCAGGGGGUCGGUAUGACUUCGGCCACUGGAGCCCCAGCAGGCCAACCUACGCAUGCCGUAGUAACACAGGUGGUGGUUAUGCCCCUCCAUUUGACUGAUGUCCCGGGGCAGAUGAAAUGCCCUCACUGUCAGCAACAGGUUGUCACGGAGACAAGAUACGUCAACGGUCUGCUCACUUGGGCCAUCUGUGGAGGUCUUGGCAUUUUGCUGAUCUGGCCGUGUUGUUUGAUUCCGUUCUGUGUGGAUGCCUGCAAGGAUGUAGAACAUUGCUGUCCAAACUGCAAAAGUAUCAUCUACCUGUACAAACGAAUGUAACUUGUGCUGAAGUGAAGAAGAUCUGGACUAAUCUUCAGAAAAAAAAUUAUUUUGGAGAGUUUAAGAGAGCUCUCUUGAACACAAACCAAAAUUGCCCUAGUGCCUUAAUUAUUCAGCCUUUACUGGACAUAAGUGGAUAUACUGUAUAUUUAUACUGUUUUAUUAUGUAAGGCUUAUAACAAACCUGUGACACUGUAAGAGCACCAUGGCUCUGAGGGAAGAUUUAUCUCUUAAUGUACUGAUCAUGCACAUGUUAAUGUAAUUAAAGGAAUAUUCAGGGUUAAAUACAAGUUAAGCUCAAUCAACAGCAUUUGUGGUAUACGUUUGUUUACCAGACAAUUUAAUUUAGAUUUGUCCCACUUUUCUUUAAAUAAAGUAAAAAUCAUACCACCCCAGGUAGGAUUUUUUUGGGGGCGCGUGGUAAGUUGUGUGUGGAUCGUGGAGAGUAGCAUGAGCCUCCACAUGCUGUGAGUCUCCACGGUGUCAUGCACAGCGAGUCACGUGAUAAGAUGCACGGACUGACGGUCUCAGAAGCGGAGGCAACUGAUACUUGUCCUCCGCCACCCGGAUUGAGGUGAGUAACCGCACCACCACGAGGACCUACUGAGUAGUGGGAAUUGGGCAUUCCAAAUUGGGGAGAAAAGAGGAUACAUUUAUUUUUAUUUUUUAAACUAAAGCAAAAAUCAAUGUAAGUGAAUGGGGACAAUUUUUUUAAGGUAGAAAUGUGAAGCUUAGAAUUUUAUAAAAGCAUUUACCAUACAUUAAUUCUUCUGUGAAAACUUCUGUGUAUUAUGUGAGCUGUAAAGUUGCUAAAAUCUUUAUUUUUUGCUGGAUUACAUGAUUAAGACGUUACAUCAUCAUGGCAACGAAGUUGUAAUAUUUGAUAUAACGUGACACAGAAAAGGUUAGUAUCGGUCUAGUAUUUGAUCACACUACAAUGUUAACAUGCAUAUUGUUUAUGUCUUAUGCAUGGCUAUACUUUUGAAACUGAGUAUUUAACAUAAACUGAUUGGCCCCAUUCACUUACAUUAUAAAUGCCUCACUGUAAUUCAGAUUUUUGCUUUAUUUUUUAACUCAUUUUUGUGGUAAUCAACAUUAUAAGUUAACUUGUAUUGAACCCAGUAUAUUCAAUUGUAAUUUACUCCUUGUUGCCAUUUUUGCACAACACAAUAUAUACUUUUGUUAGUGUGCACAUGUAUUUCUUCUGUGUUUAAUCGGGUAUUACUCUAGUCUAUCUAGGGGGUGGGGAAUGGAAAAGUAGCGGGUUCUGUUGUGUACACAUCAUUCCUGAGAAUUGUACGGCGUGGACACUGGCCUUACC